AUGGAGCCUACCAAGUCAUCCAAGAAGGCCAAGAAGAACAAGGCCAAGAAGAACAGAAAGAAGGCAAACCGUGCGGCAGCAGGAGGUAGUGGUAGUGGUGGUGGUGGUGGUGAUGGAGGAGCGGGCACAGGAGCUGCCGAAUCGAGCAACCUAUCCACCAGCGGACAGAGCGAAGGCUCGAACGCGACGACCGCCCUGACCAAGUCUGUCAACGAGCACGAGCUAUCAGCGAAAGGAGCAGAGACCAACAAGGGCAGCAGCAACAACGGUAGCAGCAGCAGCAGCAGCAGCCGCCACGAGGUCAAAGCACCAGCAACUUGGAAUAAACUACCUGAGCUCGCCAGCAACACGAGCAGAAUCAACAAGUCGGACAUCAAGCUGAGUGCUGCCGUUGCUGCUGCCGCCGCUGUUGCUCAGAGUAGAGGCAGUCGGAAUCUCAGAGUCCAUCCGGAUACUACCGCUGCUGCUUCUCAGGAUCAAGGCGACAGGAUUCACGAUCCAGAGACUGCUGCCAAGAUAGUAGCCAUCCAGGCGGCCAUCGACAGGCUACAAGCCAUACAGCGAAACCCGUCCGAGUUCGUCGAGCCGAUAGAGGGGCUGCUGAGAAUCGAGACGCCACCCGGUCAGUCCUGCCCGAGUCCCUUGUUGGCCAGUGCGAAAAUCGCGAGCAUCACCGUGGCGCCCUGCCGUGGCCGGCCUGGGGCUGCAAGGUCCGAGGUGCCUACCAAGACCGACGGGGAAGAGUCGACUCUCGCGAAGGGCUCGGGCAAGGAAGCCGGUUCUCCACCUCCGUAUUCGAGGGAUCCUGCGCCAACCACGCCUCAGAACAACACUGUCACCACUCGAACUGGGCUCACCCCCAUCCAGGAAGCCACCGCCGAAGGCCAGCAGGAAGGCAAAGCGGGUCAAGGUGAUACCGAUAAAUCCGGUACUCAGGAGGCAAAGGAAGGAGGUGAUGCGCACGAUCUGACUCCCAAGUCCACCAGCACGACCUCUACCGCGUGGACAGCCAGCCAGCAUGCUCUUCAGACCACGCCCCAGACCGCCGUGACCUCUGAGCCAUCCACCACCAAGACAACCGGCACCCAGCCAAAGGCCAGGGGCAACAAUACUACCACCACAACGCAGUCCAGCGCCAAGAGACCAACACUUCCACUCCCACCACCAGCGACCCACCCCCAGGUCGCCAGUAGCAGCCACGCGCACCCCUCCCCGCCUCCCCCGACGACAGUCACAUCCACAUCGAGAGCCCUGCUCAGCCCCACCGCGAGCACCACAAGCACAAGCACAAGCACCACCCAUUACCAACAGAUCUCCAACGUCCGGGGCGGCACGCUCUCCAGCCAGAAGCCCGAGGGAUUCUUCUGGCAACUCGACAGCCACGGCUUCCCCUGCGCGCUGCGCAACUGCCUCAAGCGCUGCAACUCCUGGGAUGGCGUCACCGUGAUCUGCCCGGGGUGUGGCCCCUUCUCCGAGACCCGCUACUGCUGCCGCGACCACCUGCUGCAGGGCAUCAAGACGCACUGGCCCGUGUGCGGCGACCAGGUCUUCGUGCACCCCUGCCGCGAGAGCACGAUCCCGCGCGACGUCCGCGAAGGUCCGCCCCUGAUCCCCUGCCUGCACAACUACGACAUGCCCGAGCGCCACCGCCAGGCGGUGUACUUCCGCAUGAACGAGCGCCAGGGCGACUACUUCAUCUUCGCCGACUGGGCCGACUACGUGCGCGCCGGGUUCCCCGAGAACACGACCGCGGUGCGCUGCGCCAAGCGCGUGGUGUAUACCGUGCGCUUCGAGGAUCCCGAGGAGAAGGAUCGGUUCCGGCGUGUGCUGGCGAUUUGUUUGUUCGCGACGGUUGAGGUUCAUGCGUUGAUUGACUACAUGUACCGCCUCAUUCGUGAUCAACUCCGCGCCGCGAACGCAUCCAAGCAGCUUGAGGCCGCGCUACGCUACCAGAUCCAUGCGGAGACGAACGUGUCCAUCCAGCAGUACAUCACGGGAGAGCGCCACGCAUGCGCCACUGAUUGGGACGGCCGCAACCGCCGCAACUGUCCGGAUCAGGUGUGCCGGUCCGAGUAUCGUCGGCUCCUGGGUUCCUUGGGCGGAGGCGGUCUACGUGAAGUUGUGAGGAAUAUGGAAUCGACUUACUGGAUUCUCCGCGCCGCCAGAACCACUCAUCCCACAGUCAAAGACCCGAAGAAGCGCAUGCUCGGUGAAGGCUUCGAGGGCGUGGCGGAGGAGGAUCAGAGGGUCUUUCGACGCGGUGAUGGCUGGGAUGGCGCCGGUACCGGCAACAUGGAGAUCGAAGGUAUGAAUGAGGGUCCUGAAGAAGCAUGA